CUCUUUACCACCACCGGCCGUCGUUCGUCCAUCCUCCAUCUUCCAUUUCUUUCUGCACUUCUGAAUGACGGUGCAAAUUGAGGCUCCAGCAGACGAUUGAAGGAAAUGAAACUACAUCAUCCGAGUAAUCACGAUGAGGGAACUUCAGCUCGGACGAGACCUUACACUUUUGAUGAAAUUAUGCUUAGAAGGAAGAACAAGACUGGUACUGCUGAACUAAUGGAUAGUUCUGCUGGUGGUGCAGCUGCAUUUGGUAGAGAAAAAUUUGUGAGGACUUUUGAUAGUUUGGAAUCUGAUAGAAGUCGUGAUGUUUCCAUGGCUAGUAGUGUGAGUCAUAAUUCAAAGGAUUCUCAAUUGUUAAGUUCAAGGAAAAAAGAUGGUAGUGAUAAGGAAAGUAAAUUCCUUAAAUGCGCAGAGAAAGAACAUAGAGAGUCAGAAACCAAACGAGAGGCAGUUAGCACUGGUACAAGUGGGAAAAAUAUAAGCAGAUACAUCAUUGAUAAAGAUUCUCACGGUGAGAAGAAAAAAGUUUCUAACUCUCAUGGUGGUUCCAGAAAAAGUUUUGGUGACAGCAAUGCAAAUGACCCAUCCAGGAAGUUGGCUGAUAGAAGUGUUAAGUUAUAUGAGAAGGAAAGAAAAGAAGCUCAUCAUGAUAAGGACAGCUCUCGCAGCAGACAUCUGUACAUGAAGAGAAAAAAUGAUGAGUUGCUAAAUGUGGCUUCUGUGGAUGAAACUGAAAAGAGACAUUCAAAAAAUCAUAGAAGUACAAAUUGCUAUAAAGACAACAGGAAAGAAAAAUCUGAAAAGGAAAGCACAAGAAAACACCCAAAAGAAGGUGAAGAGAGAACUAAAGACAGCAGUGCACAUAAAAAGCAUGAUUCAGCAAAACUAAGAGUCUUUGAUCGUCCAGAGAGGAAGGACUCAAAGCGAUCUCAUUAUGAAGAACUCAGGCCAAAAAGAAGACGCUCAAAGAGCAGAGAGCAUGAUAAAGACAGACACAGAAAGUCCCGCUCACAUUCUCCAAAGGCACAUAAACAUUCAUCACAUGACUCAAAAAAUCAUGGGGAAUCCUACUCACACCCUUCAAAAGAUAAAUCAGGAAGAUCAAACUCUGAGUAUGAUAAGAAUAAGGUAUCCAACAAUGGUGAUACUAGUCAUUUCAAGAGGCAUUCGGUAGUUACAAGUGGGCUUGGUGGUUAUUCACCACGGAAGAGGAAAUCUGCAGCUGCUGCAAAAACUCCUUCUCCAACUAAACGUUCACCAGAAAGGAGAGUUGCUGGCUGGGAUCUCCCACCUGCAGCAGCAGAGAGAAAUCUUCCUGCUCCAGUAGCUUCGGGUGUGCUAUCAUCUGCACAGUCUGUAUCAAUGAAAACUCUUGGGUCAUUUGGUGUGACUACUGGUAGUUUGUUUGCAACCAAAUCUGCCAUGUUCUUCCAAAAUAGUUACCUUUCACCAGUGCAUGCUGUUGAAUCAAUCCAGCUAACGCAAGCAACACGGCCUAUGAGAACACUUUAUGUUGAGAACUUGCCAAAUUCAGUGUCUGAUAAAGAUGUUAUGGAAUGCAUUAAUAAAUUUCUGCUGUCUUCAGGCGUCAACCGUAUUCAAGGGACUAAACCCUGCAUUAGCUGUAUGAUACACAAGGAGAAGGCCCAAGGCCUUCUAGAAUUUUUGACACCUGAGGAUGCCUCUGCUGCACUUUCCUUUGAUGGGAGAUCAUUCAGUGGUUCGAUUCUUAAGAUCAGGCGCCCUAAAGAUUUUAUUGAAUUGGGAACUGGUGUUGCAGAGAAUUCACAGGCUGCUGUUGAUAGGAUAAGCGAUGCUGUAAUGGAUUCACCUUAUAAGAUUUUUGUUGGUGGAAUCUCCGAAGUCAUUUCAUCUGAUAUGCUUAUGGAGAUUGUUAAAUCCUUUGGACAUUUGAAAGCAUAUCACUUUGAGUUGAAUGCAGAUCUUAAUGAACCGUGCGCUUUUCUUGAGUAUGUUGAUCAUUCAGUAACUGCUAAAGCUUGUGCUGGCCUUAAUGGAAUGAAGUUGGGUGGAAAAGUGCUAACAGUUGUUCAAGCUACUCCAGAUUCUUCCCUUGUGGAAAAUGUUGAGAAACCUCCUCUCUAUGGGAUACCUGAGCAUGUUAAGCCUCUUUUAGAAAGUCCCACCAAAGUGCUGAAGCUGAAAAAUGUGUUUGAUCCGAAGGGAUUGUCAGAGCAACAACUUGAAGAAAUUAUGGACGAUAUAAGGCUAGAGUGUGCUAGGUUUGGUACAGUGAAAUCUAUUAAUUUCGUAAAGGAGUACGAAUGUUCCUCGAUGAAAGAACCUGUCAAAGCAAUUGACAGUGAUUCCCCUACCGAGAUUAAUGAUGACAAACCAAGCAUAAUCGAACCAUCAAAUGGUUCUGAGGGUGAUGAAGAUGCCAGCAAAGCUGUAACCAGCGAGAAUCAUAUCGAGGAUUCACCUGCAGAAAAUUUUAAAAAACUUGGAAUCUGUAAACCAGAGACUGAAAGUUCAGUGGCACGUUCUGGAACCGACUGUGUGAAUCCCCCAAAGGACGAACCAGAAAUCAUCAAUAGAAUCGACAGCUCGAGUUCAGCAGUGAAGCUUGAGGUCAAAGAACAAUUAAGCGAGUGCCACAAAAAAUUAGAGGCUUCGGAUGAAAAUGAAGAAGCAAAAGAGAGUGAAACCAAUCUCGACCAAAUCUUCGAGCCGGGCUGUGUUCUGAUAGAGUAUAGAAGAGCAGAAGCUUCUUCCAUGGCUGCACAUUGUUUACAUGGCCGACUCUUUGAUGACCGGACUGUGUCUGUCGAAUAUGUUUCUCUUGACCUAUAUCGGAAGAAGUUUAGCGUGUAGAACACCAAUUUCUGGUUUUUGAACUGUUCAUUAGCCUGCAAUCUCAGAGGCUCCACACGAAAUAUGCUUCGGAGUAGCCACAGAAAAUAGGUUCUUUAUCUGUCUCUGUAGUCUUUACUUAACAUAAAUUAUAGUAGUGUGUACUACGGGUUUAGACGGAGGUUGUCUCGGUGGCUCAUGGUUGUGGGAUGCGCCGCUUUGGUGUAUUGCUUUGUUGCCUAGUCAAUAAUUAGGCAACAAGCAGGCUCUGUAAUAUUUGAAACGUAUUAGUAGUGAAGACAUUAGUUUUCAAGAUGAGCAAAUAAACCCAUUUUAGUGCUUGCUCUAUGCAGUUCACUUUUACUUUCUAAGCCCCCCCGUAAUAGUUGUUCUAAGCCUAAGAAAAUUCAGCAAAAAGAUCAUGCUAAUAUGGCUAGUGAAUCAAACAACUUUGGUGAUGUGUUAAUGAUCAAAGAUUAUGCUUAUUUGAACUCUGUGCUAUCGGAUUAUCUGUGUGAAUCUGAUUGGCUAGUUGAUUCUGGUUGCAUCUUGCAUAUGUCACCAUUUAAAAACCUUUUUUCAAACUAUCAAGAGAUUGAUAAUGAGUUCGACUCUUCGUGAGUUAUUUUUGGCAUGCUUUGUGAUGUUGCCUAGUCUUCGUGACUUGAGAGUACUUAGUGAACUCUCCACCACUACGUGUGUUAUCAUUUGUUGAUUACACAUUUAGUGGUUAUUAGGCUAUGAUGAGUCCCGCGGUUCCUUGUCUAACUAUGUGCACUACUUUGGGCCAAAGGUGGAGAUUGUUAAUUUAUUUGGGUUGGCCCAAGCAUAUUAAUAAUAUUUGACACCCAACCCAACAGCCCAUUUACUCAAGCCCAACCUUUAUUCCUAACCUAAUUAAGCUUACCUUAAUUAGCUCCUAAAUUUCUACUAUAAAUUGAGGCUUCCCCUUUGUGUUUCUUCACCGUGCAAAACUCCUUUCUCUCUUUGUGAGACUUCCGUGUGGGUUUCUUUCUUCCUUUGUGAGUUGAUCUCAGUUCUUCUCCGUUUCUUUGUGAGUGGAGUGUGGCGAGAUUGGGUUGGAGUG